UGUUUACAGAAGAAUCUGUAUGGACCCAUCUGGCGUUCCAGGUUCGGCCCGUUUGACAUAGUCAACGUAGCGUCUCCGGACCUGAUCGCUCAGGUGAUCCAGCAGGAAGGUCGUUACCCGGUCCGAGUGGAGCUGGCUCACUGGAAGGAGUACCGGGACCUGAGGGGACAGGCUUACGGCCUGCAUGUAGACACGGGGCCGGAGUGGUCCCGAAUGCGCAGCGUCCUCAACCCCAAAAUGCUGAAGCUGCAGGAGGUGUCGGCCUACGCCCCCGUCAUUCACCUGGUGGUUGGAGAUCUGCUGCGGCGCGUGGAGUUCCUGCGAAGUCGCAGUCACGACGGGAGCACGGUUUCCGACCUGGCGGCCGAGCUGUAUAAGUUUGGUUUUGAAGGUAUCUCCUCCAUCCUGUUCGAGACCCGGCUGGGCUGCCUGGAGGAGCAGAUCCCCCAGGACACCAAGCGCUUCAUUGCCGCCGUCAACGACAUGCUAACGCUUUCUGACAUCGUGAUCCUGUUCCCACGCUGGACCCGCAGCGUCCUCCCCUUCUGGGGGCGCUUUGUGCAGGCCUGGGACGACCUCUAUUAUGUAGCAAAGAAGCUCGUCGACAGGAGAGUGGCUGAAAUCGAGGCCCAGGUUGGUUCCACGGAGCCAUCGGAGGGCCUGUACCUCACCUACCUGCUGGCCUCGGACAACAUGAGCCGAGCUGAGGUCUACAUCAGCGUGACGGAGCUGAUGCUGGGUGGCGUCGACACGACCUCCAACACUUUGUCGUGGGCGUUGUACCAGUUGGCGAGGGACCGCAGGACUCAAGACCUCCUGUUUAGCGAGGUCAGCUCAGUGUGUCCAAACAAACAGCAGCCGUCUAGAGACGACCUGAACAGGAUGCCGUACCUGAAGGCCGUCAUAAAGGAAACGUUGCGCUUGUACCCCGUUGUCCACGGCAACGGACGCUUCGUUUCCGAGAAUGAAGUGAUCGUGGACAACUACUGGUUCCCCAAAAAGACUCAGUUCCACUUGUGCAACUACGCCGCCUGCCACGACGAGGCGGAGUUCAGAAACCCAGAGGAGUUCAUCCCGGAGAGAUGGCUUGAAGUGGAAACACCCAGCAGCCGGAGCAACAGGGCCACGCCGGGCUUCUACCAGCACCACCCCUACAGCUUUAUUCCCUUUGGCGUGGGCGUGCGAGCCUGCGUGGGGAGGCGGGUGGCAGAGAUGGAGAUGUUUUUUGCUCUCUCACGACUGGUUCAGAACUACACAGUUGAGCCUGAACCCGGGGCGCCCGUGGUGGAGCCAAAGACUCGGACUCUUCUUGUCCCCUCAAAACCCAUCAACCUGCGCUUCCUGCCUAGAACCUGAGGAGGGCGCCAAACAUCACAUUUUACAGCAAAAUGUUAAAAAAAAAGAAAAAAAAGAAAAGAGCUCAAAAUUUUUAAAAAAAGUUUUUAUUUAAGCUUGUAAACUUCUAUAAAUGGACAGUUUUAUAAUAAUUAAAGCAUAUAUUUGAAUAAUGGUUUAGAACAUUAUUUUUAAAAAAACAGAAUAACUGUAAAGAUGUUUGGAAAGUAGAUAUCUUAUUAUAAAAGAUUUAUUAACAAGUAUAUGUAGGAAAUUAACCUAAAAUGCUUUCUCUUGCCAUUCAAAAUGUUCUUUUUUUAAGUAUUUUAAAUCUUCUUUUUCUAGAGUUUGCUGUGAAAGUGUAUUUGUUUAUUGUUGUUUAAUCUGAUAUUUGUGUGAGUUCAUUGCUCCCUGUAACUUCCUCUCAAUUUCAAACUAAUUCUAUUUACAUUUCACAGCAGGAACAACAGCUAAUCAGUGUUUUGUUUUUCAAAGUGGAUUAAAUACUUUUGCAACUAUAACAUUCAA